AUGGGACAGCCGGCUACCUCUCAGCUGCAACAGAUGCGGAAUGGCGUCGUCUUGAGGCAGAAAGGCAGUACUCGGCAGAAUGAUCAGGAGCAGGACCAACCACAGAUCCAGCCGCGCGCAGAGAGUGACGAGUUGCCGCUCCUGCAGCGCCAUGACCCAGUCCAACAUGGUGACGGUAUGAUGGACGUCCAGACUGAUGAAGGAAAUUCUUCUACGGUGGUCGCAACUCUAGGCAACUUCACAAGCGAUGUGAAUACGGCCAACAGUCUGAGUGACCUCGAUAUCAGUGAGCACGACCACAGCAACUGGCCAGCCGGAUUGGUAUGGCCACAAGGACUCUCCAUGCCCGGAGGAGACAUACUUGCGCCGUUCGAACCUAUGCCAGACUUCGAUCCUUUCGACCAUACCAAUAUGAUGGUGCCAGAGCUCCCAGAGCUGAGCAAUAUCUUUGACCCUGAAUUGAUUGCUCUGCCCCUCACGUCCGGCCCGAACAAUGACUUUUCAUACCUUGCCAUGAGCCCUGUCGCCAACCUUGACGGCGAUGGAUAUGGUGAAAAGAAGGCCGGCGAGCUCGCGGAGAGGACAGAGGUGGGAUACUCUGCGAAAGUGAAUCCUGAGGUGCAGCCUGCAAGAUUUCCGGCCUCCAGUACUUUGCCAAAGGGAGCCGUAGCCCCAUCGAUACCAAGGCAAACAGCUCGGGCUUCUGCAUCCGCAUCUGCACAUUCGCGUUCUUCAACAGGUGAACGUGCUGUAAGUUUGCGGAAACCCAGCAUGCACCGUCAAUCAGGGCCACCUGUUGCCCCGCGGACCGCAGGCUUCUUGAGAUCAGAAAGUGUCCUCUCGGCCAGUCGCGAAGCUUACAGUGGACGGCCAGGCGGGAACUUGAAAAGAUGGCGCAGUGAAAACCCCGAGCCCCAGAGGAGAGGUCUCAAACGAGCACAUGGGGACCAUUUCGGCAGCCGCAGUGGGAAGCUAUCAUCUCUUCUUCUUUCAUCGACAAGCAUUAGUGCCAACAGCGGCGACAGCUCCCGGACGUCGCCGUCCCAAUGUAUCGGGCAAUGCUACGCCAGCUUGAUUGAACAACUCAGUGAACUCACGACUUAUUGGUCCUCACAGGAGACCAUACCACUCGACAAGUUGCUCGCACUGGACCGUGACAUCCAACAGCAGCGCGAGAAAGUCCUCCAGUGUCCUUCCUGUAUGCGCGGCGACAGGAACUGCUCGCAAGCCCAGACGAAAACGCUGAUGUUUGUCAUUAUGGUGAUAGAAAACUUGCUAGGCCUGUUCGAGAAGGAAUGCAGCCUUCAUCAAUCCGCCACGUCAACGUCUGGCGGGACAAGCGCAAGCGAAGAAUUCGAUGAUUCAUUGGAAGACAUAGAAGAGACGACCGAUCACCGCGAUGAAGACGAGGGAUUCGACGAAGACGACGAGGACACGGCCAACUCCUCGAUGUCAUCAUCGCUGCUGUAUACUGUGCUCCGUCAGCGACGGCAAAAUGUGAAAAGACCUGGAAGCCGGCGGCGCCGUGGCCAUCUGAGCCAGCUCAGUGAGCCGGUCGAUUUCGGCCAGACCACCAGAAACGACGGUAACAGACUUCAUCGUCAAGCGAGGAGCAGGAGCAGCAGCAACGGGUCCAGCACGAAGUUGUUGUCAACGUCAAGGUGCUCGACUAUACCACCAUUGUCUUCUCUUCCUCAGACAGAUGAGCCGCUCUUGGUCGGGGUCUACGAAGUCGACGACGGCGUCAGGACCUCUUUCUCACGUUAUCUGUUGCAGCUGCAUUUCCAGAGGCAGUUGGACGCCAUCCAAGAAUUGGACCGCAUUCUUCUAGAGACACAAGAGCAAAAGGGCGGCAAUGGCUCCGGUGCUGCUGCGUCGGACGUCAGCCACCGCAUUGCAUGUGAGACGUUGGCCGAUGUUCACAGACGGGUUGAGUAUUUCCUGGGUUUCAUUGCAUUCGUGGGAUAG